ACUGAAGGAAAUUGUACGAUUCUGUUAGAGAUAAAAGGGGGACUCAACAUCUAAUGGAGAAGCGCUCUUCGUUUGAGGUUACGUACAGCGCUGUUUAGUGGGAAUGCUAGAGAAAUUAAACAGUUUCUGAAAUCACAGAAAGUAGAAUUACAAUCCAUUCCAUAAGAACUGUUGAUAAAAGUUGAUACACCUAGAAAAACUGUAACCACCAAAUCUGAUAUCGACCUGAACUAGCUGUAGAGACACCCGAACAACAUGGCAUCCAUAUCAACGAUAAAACCCUACAUGUUCCUCUUCGCAUUAAUCCAAGCUGUUGUUGGCCUGGGAGCCGAGAAAACCGCUGUGAUGUUUGAAGCCGCCUUUCAAGGUGAAUGUGCUGACGGUAACCCUUGCCACCACAACUGCUAUGACCUUCACGAUGGUACCUUUGAAUGUUCUUGUAAUGAAGGGUAUACUCUCGCUAACAAUGGCUACAGUUGUAUAGAAAAUAUAAGAAAUUAUUCGAAAACAGUAGAGGCACCAGAGGAGCAACAAGCUGACGACAUGACUGUAAUCAGUGCAAGCCACGCUCAAGGAGUACGAAGCUAUAUUCCUGAAUCGUUGUCUCAGACCCACGAAGGUUAUGAUACCAAUCAGAAUGAUGGACGCCGCAAAAUUGAAAUAGACUUCGCCUCCAACCUUGUGGAUGGGAUUGAAGUUGGAGAAAAAUACCGAGGGAUUCAGAAGCCUCAAGUCGAUUACGAAAACUCCAAGUCGGCUUCUCAAGCGCUCGAAGUAGACCGGCUGUUUCAACCAAUGAACACAGUAACGAUCACCACGCCACCUAGUCCUCGUUUUGUUACAUGUAAAGAGUUGGAAUGUGAAUCUGGUGGUGCUUGUAUCCCUGACCCGUCGACAGAGGGCGUAAAAUGUAGCUGUCCUUUAGGAAGAGGAGGAAUCUAUUGCGAAACAGCCGUUGACCUGAAGUACCCCCAGUUUAUCGGGUCCUCCUACUUGGCUCUGCCUGUGUUACGUGACGCCCACAAGUCAAUGCAGAUUUCCCUGGAGUUUCGCCCUGAAUCUCUCGACGGUAUCCUCUUGUACAGCGGGGAACAUGCUGAUCUCCAAGGGGACUUCGCGGCUCUCACUCUGAACAAAGGAUUUGUGGAAUUCAGGUUUGACUGUGGUAUGGGAAUGGGAGUUCUUAGAAGUGUCCGACCAGUGGUUCCUCGUUCUUGGAACUUCAUCAAUGUGUACAGAGACCGAUGGGACGCUUGGCUGCAGUUGAAUAACGGAAAGCAAGUUCAAGGAAGAUCUAAGGGUCUCUUCUCUCGCAUAACUUUCCGCCAGAACCUUUACCUCGGAGGUUCUCCUAAUGUUAGCCUUAUAGAGGAGAGAACAGAAUGUCAACAGGGAUUUAUAGGAUGUGUGCGCCGCCUGGAGAUCAAUACCAGAAAGUACGACUUUCGUUCUGGUAGCAGAGGUGAUGCUGUUGAAGGCGCUGACGUGGGGGAAUGCAGUUCUGACGUGUGUAACAAGGUAACGUGUCAACAUGGCGGACAAUGUGUGGCUGCCAGCCCUGAUCAUGGGAUUUGUUUGUGUCCCCUGGGCUACAUCGGUGAUCGCUGUGAACAAGCUGUGGAACUUGUGGUUCCAUUCUUUAACGGAUCCUCCUAUCUCGAGUAUUCGGGCUUGGGAAGUUCGGCUCUUUCAUUUAUUGAACUUCUUGUGGUCUUCAAGCCCAAGAGACCAGAUGGAGUUCUAUUUUACAAUGGGUAUAAAAUAGAUGGAACUGGAGACUUCAUGGCUAUCAGCUUGGUUGAUGGAUUUGUUGAAUUUCGGUUUGACUUGGGCACUGGACCUGCCAUUGUCAGGAGUCCAGAACCAGUGGAAAUGGAUGAGUGGCAUACCUUGUUCGUUUCUCGGACAGGUCGUGAUGGGAGUUUGGAAGUGGACACUCAACCUCGUGUGGAGGGCAUGUCACAAGGAGCCUUCACCCAGCUCUCCCUACCACUGAACCUUUACAUAGGGGGCGUUUCUGACUUGCAAGAUGUAGCAGAGAAAGCUCGUAUCACAGCCUCGUUCUCAGGAUGCAUUCAAAAGGUUAUUAUUAACAAUAAACCACUGAAGUUGGUAGAAGAUGCUCUGUCUGGAGCCAACAUCAUUAACUGCGAUCACCAAUGUGUUGACAAGCCUUGCCAAAAUGGCGGAAGCUGUGUUCCAAAGGUAGACUUCUACACCUGUCAUUGUUUACUAGGGUUUGCUGGCAGCAACUGUCAGCAAGAGGUGACAGAGAUGAUAGCCGAGCCGAUGUUUUCUGGAAACAGCUACCUUUACUACCUUGACGAAAACAUCAUGAGACGGGUUCGAGGAAACUCCUUCAACAUACAGUUUCGUCUCAGGGCGUAUUCGCCUGAUGCACUAGUUAUGUGGGCAGGAGACGAAGAAAUGUCAUCUUCUAGUGAUUUUCUGGCUCUGGGAAUUAAAGAUGGCUACCUGCAACUACGCUACAACCUGGGUUCUGGAGAGGUUCUUAUUAGCCACAACAAUUCAAGAAUAGAUGACGGGAAGUGGCACUCUGUUCGGGCACUGAGGAAUGAACAAGAAGGUUCUCUGGUUAUUGAUGACAGUCCGACAGAAAUGGGAGCUUCUGCUGGCUCGUUGAAGCAACUUAAUGUUAACAACGGCCUUUAUUUAGGUGGAAUGAAAGAUAUUGUCCACAACACUCUCAACAAGUACCAGCGAGGGUUUGUGGGUUGUUUGUCUAACGUUACCUUGUCGACUGACUUUCACAUUAGACUCGUAACCCAUGCUGCCUUGGGUGUCAAUGUUCAGCCUUGCGUAUGACCAAUUUGACCUCCAGGCUUUGCCAGAAUAUCGGACGUACUGACGCAUCCUAAUAUUUAGACAUAUGUGCCAUUGUUACUUGAACUACUGCUGUUUUGAAUCUUUCAAAGAUGUGGCUGACUGCGCUUAUUAUCAAACUUCUCCACUACGUGUCGCUAGUGUAACUUUUUCAAAAAGUGACUAGGUAUGAACUAGUGAUAAAUAAAAUGCGAAAGGAAAGUGAAUUUUCUAAGGAAGUGCCUGCACUUUCUCCUGUAAUCUGCACAGUAUGUUAAUGAAAGCAUGAAACAGUGACCCCAGACGUGCUGACCCACGCUCAAGAACGAAAACCAUAAAGCUCAGGAAGUCCUUGGGGCGGAUGGUUCUUGUCUUGAUGCCUUCAGCUGUGACCAGUUGUUUCGUGUUCUGGCACGGUUGUCGCUUUCUUGUCUAAUAUCACCCAGUGUUUGGGAAGAGACUUCUUGAACUUAUUUCCAUGGAUACGGUCAUCCCAACACUGUACUAUACAGCGGCCACUUCAUGUUUUUUCGAGUUAAGUAUGUCAUAACCGUAUAUAUAUAUAUAUAUUCUAUCACAAAUCAAACUCUGAAGUGUUCCAAGACCUGUGUUAUUAAUUAACCUUAAAAAAUCUACUUAAGCUUCAUUUGAGAAAGUAUUAUAAUUCAUUUCAUGGGAACAAAUCAUUUGGAUGAGCUAUCAAGACUUGGGUAACGAUUGAGUACAUAAAUCAAAAUCAACUUUUUAUUAGCUUGAUAGUUUGUUCGAACCAGAAGCACUUGCUGUAAAGAAAACCAUAUGAAGGGGUGGGUCUUAAAAAUCUGUUACAUUUUGAGAAUAAAAGGUGUUAUUUCAACAUUAACACCCGAUGUUGGCGAAGAGGUAAACAUUAACACCCUCCAAAGGGUGAAAGUGAACAAAAAUAAUUCAGCAUAUUCAUAUGUAUGAUGUGAAUCUACAUCCUUUCAGGUGUAUCACCCUCGAGGGUGAGAUUUUACACCCUUUUUUCCUUCGGGUAUAUAUCUAAGGUGUAAUUAGUGCUUGUAGCUUGAACUCACGUGAUAUUUGCUAGUCGCAGGUUUUCUCGUAAUAGUGUACUGUACUGUUUGUGGAAUAUUUAGCAUUCUCUGUCAACUACUGUAAAGUAGGAAUUUGUCGUUCCAAAAACAAAAACCCACAUCAUGACGUAAAUAUAUAAACAAAUUUCGAAUCAUGCGCUGCACACGUUUAGCACACCUCGUGAUUUUCAAUGUCAAAGUUCCAGGUUUAUAAGUGUUUUCCAAAAUUCGCCAGCAUUUGACCAUUAUUAUUAUUAUUAACAUAUAUAUAGUAAAUCUGCACAAUGGUUCAGUUGUAAUACAUUUUUCACUCGGAACGCGACCACUGCUGAAACAAACUUUCUUUUGCAUUGAGAUGAAUAAGGUUGCUUGUUAGUGCGAUUUAAUUUAAUAGUAAAGUCCGUGGGAUUGAAUAAAAUACUUCUACCCAGA